CGGGGCUCACCUGGCGAGGGGCGCGGAGCAAUGGCGGGAGCGGAGCGGGGGGGCCCCGACCGGGACCGGAGGGUCCGGGGAGUCCUCGGGGUCCUGCUGCUGCUGGGGGGAAGCGCGGCGCUGGUGGGAGCCCAGGUGACCUCGGAGAGCAAGGAAGUGCCGGAGUACAAACCCGUGGACAUCCCAUGCUCCGCGUUCCGCUCCAGCUGGAGCAACCCCCGCAUCGAGUGGAAGUUCCAGAAAGGCUCCUCCCUGCAGCUCUUCUACUACGGGGGGGAACUCACAGAGCCGUACCGGAACCGCGUCCGGUUCUCCCCCACCUCCAUCCACUUUGACUCGGUGACCCGGGAGGACUCGGGGAAGUACAUCUGUGAGGUGGUGGGGGACGGCAGCCAGAUCGCCAAGUCCGAGGUCACCCUCACUGUCCAAGUGCCCCCCGGGAAGCCCUCUGCCCACGUGCCCAGCUCGGCCACGGUGGGGUCGCGGGUGGUGCUGCGCUGCUCCGAGGCCCAGGGCUCCCCCCCGCCCACCUUCCGCUGGUACAAGGACGGCUCCGAGCUGCCCCCGGACCCCAGAGCCAGCCCCGCCUUCCGCAACUCCUCCUACACCCUCGACCCCAGCUCGGGGGAGCUGGUCAGUCAGGGGCAGGGGGCAGGGGGGCAAUUCCUGGCCCUUGUUCCCUGCCUCUCCCUCCCCCUUUUUUCCCCUCCCCCUUUUCCCUGCCCUAUUCUCUCC